CUUUCUCUUUCUUUGCUCCUCCUUCCUUCUUGUCUUGGCAACGGCUAUAUCGCCAUAACUCACCAUGGAGGUCCUAUCAUCUCCGGGAACCUUAACCUAGCUUUAAUAGAAUGAUACGCACAAUUUGGUCAUAUCCAAAAGAACGCCAUUCGAGCUUUUCUUGAUUCCUUGAACUAUAAUGCAGGUGCUAACUUGCAGCCUCAGGUGUCUGAAUGGUGGAAGGUUGUCGGAGAUUAUGCUAAUAAAGGACCUAUCAAUGUGAAAGAAACCAAGCAAGUCACAGAUACCAAUUACUCUACUGGGAAAAAUGUUACUCGCGAUCGCCUCAAGCCCCUAGUAGAGAAAGCCACCGCGGAUGACAAAGAAGCCAUUCCUGUUAUUUUCACUGCUAAGGAUGUAAAUGUGCAGGGCCUGAGCGCGGGCAAAUGUUCAGAACAUGGAGUUUUAGAAAAUAAACCAUACCUUAUAGUGGGAAACCCAGAAAACGAGUGUCCAGGUGCCUGUGCAUGGCCAUUUCACAAGUCAGAUAAAGGACCAAUAGGGGUAAUAUUGAACCCACCAAAUGGCAAUGUGGGUGCAGAUACUAUGAUCAUUGCAUUCGCAGAAGGACUGGUUGAUGUCCCAUUGAAUACAGGGUUUUUCCAAGAGCACGACGACGGUCCGAUUGAGGCAGAUUCAGCUUGCCAUCGCGUUUUUGGAAGUGGAGCACUGCCUGGCUACACCGGAAAAGUAAGAAUCGAUCCGAAUACUGGUGGUGGUUUCAAUGCCCAUGGAUCAAGGGGCAGGAAGUUCUUGCUCCCUGCUGUUUGGGAUCCUAAAGCACAGGCAUGCUGGACUCUAAGGUAG